GUCUCAAAUUGAUUUAUGUGUACUCUCAACGAAAUAAAAACCUGUUAAGUUAGCCUAAUGUCGUUAGACGGACGACAUUCAAAUUCGAGGGAAAGAGACAACAAAACGGCACAAAACUGCGAUUGCGAUAACGACAAUAAUGAUCAGCUGAAUUCGUGCGUGUAUUGCGCAACCGCUGGAAUUUAUUUAUUUUUAGUUUCUUACUCUCGCGCACGCAUAUUAGUGAGGCUCAUUCAAAAGGUCGCUACGCCAUUUGGUUAAGCAAUAACAGCGCGCGCGCGCUCGUGUUCGUUGUUGCUGUUAGUUCCUAAUAUAUAAAAGUGCCAUCUUAAUACAAAAACUUAAAAUUGAAACGCAGUUUUUAGCUCUUCGAUCGGAAAGAUUUGUAAAAUGUUUAUUUCACAUAAAUAACACAGUUCUCCCGAUUCGUCUUGACUGCAAAUUCCAAAAUUGCAAGGUUUUUUCUUCUUCUUCUUCUUAUCUCUGCUGAUUGAAUUGGCGGCGUAAAUUCGUGGUAAAAAAAUACGAUAUUUUUUUAUUUGGACUAAAAUUACGUAAAAAGAAAUGGUUUUUUUCCAUUUGGAUCCCAGGCGAUGAUCAACAGGAACUCACAUUUUGAGUAAUUAAGUGAAUCAUGCAAUCGCCUGCGUUUUACGUCACCCAAUCCAAUUGCAUUUUCUAGCCAUACGCAAAGUAGAAACAUGUUUGUGUGUGCAACCGCAUCGAAAACACCAUUAAUAAUGGCCAAUAAGAAAUUAGAUUCCGGUAUUUGUUUAUGACGGUCAAUUUUCGGUUAUGCGAUAAUGUGGCGAAUUAACUGCGUUUUAAUUAAUUAUGCGUGCUACGUACAUGUGCUCAAUCAAUUGAAGUGGUGAAUUGAAUGCAAGCGUAACAACGAUGGAUUUAUUAAUGUGAUGCUUGAGUGCCAUUUUAUCAAUAGGACGAUGUGAAUAAACGCUAAACGAUAAAUCAUUAGCCUAUGCAUGCGUUUGAGCUAUGAAAAAUUUUAAACAUAUAUUUGGGUGUGCAGAAGUCAUUCCAGCAUGUGUGUGUGUGUGUGCAUGCGAAACUUACAACAAAGAAUGAAUACUCGUAUCCCCUGGGUCUAGCCAAUAAAAUAAUUAUAUUCUGAGGUGAUUGCUCUCAAACAACCAGUUACUUUCCAUUGUACAUCAUGGUAUCGUUGUCUUUGUCGUCGUCGUCGUUGGUUUUCAUUUUAUCGAUUUCACAUGAAUAUGCGUUGUUCCUUUUGAUUCCUUUGUGUAAAUAAAAUGCUGCGGAACAAAACUGUAAUCAAAAACAGCAACAACAACCGCUCCGAGAUGCGACUAAUCGAUCGAAAAAUGAUUCACACAAGCGCGAACUGUGAACGAGAGAACGAGGGAGAAUGCUGUUUACUGCUUUCAUGUUCACUUUUUCUCCGAUCAUGAUGCGAACGAUCGGGCAAAUAAAGAACGAGGAACAUACGCCGCAAUCCCAUAUUUGGAAUAAUUUAAUUCAGUUAUUUAUUUCGUUUUUUUUGUCAUUUUUUUUUAAAUCGUUGUUGUUGUUCCUUGUCGCUUUUAUUUAUCCUGCAGUUUUUUUCCCCUUUUAUGUCUGUUGCUGUGUAUUUUUUGUGGUUGUAGCGGCGACUGGUACACCGUGGUCAAUGUUCAACAUGCUCGCGCUUGAUUAGUAUCAAUAGUUGAAUAGCCAAGCCAGUCUCAAUUGGUUGAACUGUUGGCUCAUUUUCGCAUCGAUGCAAUAACCUUGAAACAAAAUAUGAACUACGACUUUUCUUUUGCUGCCUUUUUCGGAAACCAAGCAUACAACAUACCGAGGAAAAAAAACAGUACACACCGGACAAUUGCUUUGCGUUGCAAGAAUUUUUAUGUAAUCACAAAAGAGGAGAAACGUUCGUCUUAACUUAGAGGCCAAACACACACACACACACAUUAGACACGAACCAUCAUGCCAUCUUUGUUGGAGGCAAUUGAAGGAAAAUACGGACUCGGCGGCAGCUGUGAUCCACAGGAAGCGCUCGUAUCAAUUUUUGUACCCAAACUUCCGCCACGACUACUAGUGCCCGAUUUGCUUGUACUAAAUGACUGUGAUAUCGAUUGUGCCGGUGAGCCGGAUGGAUUGCGAAAAAAAUGCUGCACCGUGAAGGAGUUGGAUUUGGCACAAAACAAACUGAAAAGUUGGAAAGAAAUCUUUUCGAUACUGUCGCAUAUGCCACGCGUUGAAUUCGUCAAUUUGAGUUUAAAUCUAUUGUCUGGACCGGUUGAACCGCCACCAGAUUUUGCAUUGACCCGGCUACGAAGCCUAGUUCUUAACAAUACACGGCUCGAUUGGGACAGCGUCGAAACGCUGAUCAAUUCACUUCAAACACUUGAAGAACUCCACCUCAGCCUAAACGAUUAUCACAACGUUCUGAUUGAUACGCUGGAUGACGAUGUGUUCCACGAAAUUACGGAUUUCAAAGACGAUCUGAAUGACACCGAUGAUAAUGACAUCGAAAAUGACGAAGCAGCUUCCGUACAGAAUACUAUAACGAAAAAAAAUCCAUGUGACAAAGAAUCCAUUUGCAGCUCAUGCGGCCUACAAACACCGCCUAAAGAUACAAAAAGAAGCGAGUCAGUGUGCUCCACAUUCAAGAAAACAAAUGCGCACAAUGGCGUGAAGAAGCUGCAAUUCUCUGGCAAUCCCGUAUCGAAGUGGCAUGAAAUUUGUCGCCUUGGCAGAGUUUUUCCCAAUUUAGAGUCGUUGGUAUUGGCGGAAUGUCCGCUCAAAGCCGUUGAGCCCAUUCCACGACCCGGUUCGAGCAGCAGCGAAUGCAGUGACAACAAUUCAUCGAGCAGCGAAAGUGAAGAUCCUCCACAUCAGUAUUUUCAAAAUCUGACGUUCCUAAAUUUAAGUAACACAGAGAUAAACACAUGGGACGACAUCGAUCGUUUGGCCAAAUUCCCAGCGCUUCGAAAUUUACGCGUUCAAAAUUGGCCAUUAUGGGAGAAAUGUGAUGCAACGGAGCAUGAACGGCGACAACUGCUGAUUGCCCGUUUACCUCAUGUGCAAACGCUCAACGGUGGCGGUAAAAUUAGCGCUGAUGAGCGUGAAGCCGCCGAACGAGCAUUUAUUCGAUACUAUGUAGAUAAACCAGAAGCCGAUCGACCCGAGCGUUAUGCCGAUCUAAUAGCUGUUCAUGGAAAAUUGGAUCCAUUGGUGAAAAUCGAUUUGCGCCCGGAAAAACGAGUCAGAGUCACAUUCACUUAUGGUGACACAAGUGAAAUACGACCGGUCGAUGUUUAUAGGACUGUUGUUGAUUUGAAGUCACGUCUCGAGCGUUUGACCAACAUCCCGGCAGCCAAGAUGAAAUUAUUUUACGUGGAUCAGGAUUUGCGUGAUACUCACGGGCCGGAGGAGAUGAAAUACAUGCAUAAACAACUAUACAGCUACAAUAUUCGUGAUGGAGAUGAAAUAAUCAUCGAUCAAAAACGAUAAACAUAUUCAUAUUCAUAUUAGUAACACAUUUGCAUCCCACGUGGUUGGAUGUCGGUACUUUACACAAGCAACAAGAACAAAAAAAGUACAUUUUAAUGCAGCAAAACAGAAAUUUAUUUAUACGAUAAACUUAACACUAACCAAAUUUAUUAAUAAUCGUAACUGAGAAACCAGAACGUUUUCUUUCUUUUUUCUUGAGUUUACAUCAUCAAAACAUUGAUGGUAACUUUUUUCUCACACUAACGACACACUGUAUAUCCAAAUCAGUGAUGCACACAUGUUCUACAACAGCUGGAACAAUUGAGUAAUUUCCCAUAUUGAUUUAUAUUGUGUACGAAUUAUGCUAUUUUCAGCGAAGAUGUUUAGUUUGUAGGCCACAUAAAAUGUUUGUUUAUCAUUCGUAAUUUUUCACUUUCAAUUUGAGAACAAAGCGUGUGAGCGUAUAUAGUCAACGAAACGGAAACAAAAAUGACUAACGAAUUUCGGAUUUGGAUUAGAAAUCAAAGUAAGAGACUACAGUUGAAUCGAUUUUUGUUGGGCAUCUGCAUUUAAUGCGAGGAUUUGUUGAACAACCUCAACUGAGUUGAACAUUUUAUUCAUAUCGUAGGCGAGAUAAAGAAAAAAAAGUAUCGCAACAUAUUGAAAUUUAGAAUAAUACUGUGGUUUUACGGUGAGUGAAUAACAAUUGAUAGAUAGUGAUAGUGAGAGAGAGAGAGCGAUAGAAUAUGAAACAGUUUUAUCGAGACUUUUAGUUGGAUUUUCAAUAAGAUAAUAAAUGGAUACAUAAUUCGAAUUAUAUUUUGUUCAACCCAAUCCAUACCGACAACCAGAAUUCAAACAGCCUUAUUAUUUGCUUUAAAAACACAUAUAAACCGAUGCAUACAAAUCAUAUUCAUUCAACUUUUUUUUACCCACACCAACAAAUGUUCAAGUAAAUUCGAACGAAUCUUCAUUGCCAACGUGAGAGCUUGAAGCAUUUAAAUUCAAAUGAAAAUCAAACAGUCUUUCAUAAUUUUACAACAGUAAGCCCAAUUUAUUUUUGUGUAUGUAUUAUAUUAUACUCAAUCUGAAUAAUAAAAAACAAAACAAAAGAUAAUGAUUUGAUAUUAAAAA